GUGGCUAUUGUUGACGCUACGCACGUGUUUCGCAUGAACGCGUAAUAAUAAUUGAAAUAAAUGUACUACGUGUGUAAAUUGUAGAUUUUUUUGCUGAUCUAUUAAUCAUACGUUUCGUCAAUGUUUAUUUGUUCUCAUUGCUGUUGUGAUAAAUAUCUCGCAAUCUCCAAAGUGUAUCCCAAAAAUGUAUGGAUGAAAUUGUACAUGUUUCACUCUGAAAGAAACUGAAUAGACUUGAGUGAAUCAUGAAGGCACAAGAAUUGAAGUCAAAGGCAUUUAAACGCGCUGAAAACAAUCUAUUGAAUAAACUGGGUGCUGCGUUCUUGAAGAAUUAUCCACAUCAUGUAAUGCCGGGUUACAACUUGAAUAGAUCACCAUGUAUUGAGAAAUGGGAUGAGGAGAAUGCAAUAGGACUCUGUCAAGAGUUUCCAUAUAAUUGUGAUUUACCAAAGCCGUUAUUGCCACCAGCAAAGUUAUCAAGAACAGUGCUUAGUGAAGAAGAUCCAGCCUUGCAACUCCUUACUCUGAAAAGCCAUCUAAAAGAUGAUAUAAAUAGAAUAAUAAAGUAUUAUGAAAAGCAUAAGAAAGAAUUUGACGUAGUACACAAGAAAAGCAUAAAAUGGAAAAGAGGUAGUAAGGGAUAUAGCGCAAAUGUACCCAGAUAUAUUGCAGAUAUAGCAGAACUGCUUGAUACGGAUCCGGAUCCUUAUUUUGAAGGGACUUAUAAUUGGUACUAUACUGGUGGAUCAUUAAAUUACGUUCAGUUAAAUGACUGGGAUGUUCUGUUAUUUCCAUUUGUGGGAGACUUAGUUGCUGCACAUAUUACACCCAUGGAAGAUUCCGUAUGGAAGCCAUUGCUGCAAAAUUCAGCUAAAUGUAAAUUACCUGGAGCGUUGUAUGAAAUUAGACAAACCAAAAUUAGUGACACAUGUAGAAUUUUAGGAAGACAUAAGGGUCAAUGUGCUCUUUAUACAUUGUCCAAUUCUGAGAAUCACUUGGUGCUUGAUGAAAUUCAUAGGCAAGCAUCAAAGGUACCAUAUGUCAGUGCUGACUUGAGUUUAACUAAUAUUAAUUAUCAUUGUACACUGAAUGCAGAAAGAAUAUUGUCCUUAUGGGAUAUAAAUAGUUCGAAAUACAUUAAUAGUGGUUCUGUACAGCAAGAUAAUAUGACUCACGAGCAUGAUGCUUGGGGAUGCAUAAGGUUUCAGGAAACUGAUCCAAAUGUUUUAAUUUACGUAGACAGGUGUUGCUUGCAUUAUCUUGAUACUAGGACUGCUCUUGAUCGAGCAUGUAUCACGUUGUGUCCAAAAUUUAACUUGGAAAACUGUGAAAGUUUGUCGGUAGAAGCACCAAGUAAACACAAUCGCUGUCGAUAUUUGGGCACUUAUCAUUCCUUUUUACUGUGCGAUAAUCGUUCUCCCAAGCAAUGUGUGCGACAAAAAUGGACGCAUCAGUUCAAAGAUACUCCGCUAUUGGCGGCUGUAACUAACAGCGAUGACAAGGAAAUAAUUGUUCUAUCAACUCAGAAAGCCGGUGAAAACACAAUAAUUUUGAACACAUGGAUGAAUGAGGAAAAGUCUCAUUCUUUUAAUUUGCCUUUUACACCCCCACACAUUGCAGAAACAUUAAAUAAAUCUCAAAUGCAAGGAAUGUGCUUGAAUCCGUAUUUACAAAGCAGAUUUGAAUUGUGUAACGCUGGUAGCACAUUAAUUACAAAUAUAAAGAAUGCAGAAGUAUUCUAUUUUAUCCAAAAUUCUAUUGGUGAUAUAUUUUAUCAGUGUAUAACACAUGAAAACACAUUGGACAAAUAUUCUCCUAUAAAUAGCAAAGCUUGUUAUGCGUUAAAUAUGUGGGAAAAAGCUUUGUCAGCUCAAGCUGAACCGAUAGUACCUUUAACUCUUACCGAUAAGUGCAAUAUGCAAUAUAUAUUUGAAAAUUUUACGAACAAAAUGCUCAGUCCUCGUUUAAAAUUCACUGAAGAAAAUGCAGACAGUUUUGAUCCAACCUGGAAGCAAUCAUUAGCUAAAUUGGGAUCGUACAUAGAUCUAUUAGCACCAGAACUUCUUGCAGCUUGGGAAAUACGCGAGGAAGUACCUGUACCGGUAGGAAUGGGAUCACAUCAGAAAGUUUUGAACUGGUUAGAAUCUUCGACUUCGAAACAUCCUGUUAUGCAAUCACAGGAUGAACCCGAGUACAUACCUACCCCUAUCAAUACUCAAGAAUUAAUUAGUGUGUCACAAGAACAGGAUCUCAUAUACAUUGAUGACAGCAACAUGCUGCAAGAAAUGCUGUUACCAAAAGUUAAAUCGGGAACAACUCGCAAGAAAAAGCGCACUUAAAUAAUUUACAUAAUUAACAGAUUAAUAG